AUGUACAAUCAGGGAUUGGACCAGCAGAAGAUUGACACGAGCUCUACUACCCCUCACUAUCCCCAACCUGACAAUCAGGUUGCUCAAAUGAUCCCACAGCCAAGUGGGGGUGCCUACCCUCCUCCACAGCCAAGUGGGGGUGCCUACCCACCUCCAGGUGCCUACCCCUCAUUUCCCGUCCAGCAGAAACCAACAAACACCGUGCACAACACGAAUACGACAGUUGUAAUGCAACAACAACAGCAACCUGCAGCGGUGGUUAUCCGAGGAUCACGAGGAUGGAGCACUGGAAUGUGUUCUUGUUUUGAUCAAUGUGGAGUUUGUAAGUCAGGGGGGAUAGGGACGGGUCAAAGAGGAAAAUGUCCGGGAACUCUGAACUAUCAAAGGACCAAACAAAAUUGGAUCAUAGUAGAAGUGCCACGUGUAAACAGCCCCUAAAAGAACCAUGUUGAAGUCCAUUUCUGUCCGAAUGAGAAGUCCAAAAUUUAAAAGAAUUUACCAUUAUUCCAUACACUGGCAUCACCCUAGUAUAUAUAUAAAUUUGUGGUUAAAGCUCGGAUUCUGUAUUAUUGUAGCUCAGGUGGUUAGAGCACUGCACCAGAACCGCAGGUUCGAUUCCUGCCAGGGACCGAUUGUUGCACGUUUCGCAAACGUUUUCGUUUCAAAUAUUUAUUAACAUUAUGUUCUAUCUAGCGGGAUAUCUAAGAUCUCGAAUAUUAGUAAUAUAUUGAACGUCAUUUGUUUUGAUUUCUCUCCCCAGGCCUCAUCGGCUUAUGUUCAUGUCUAUGUUGUCUGCCGUUCAUUGAGUGUCAGGUCAGCGGAUCUGCUGGGGAGUGUUGCUGUGUUGGAUUCUGCUGUCCUACUGCUCUGCGAACAAAGAUACGAGCAAGACAUAAUAUCCAGGUACUGAAAUGAUAUCCAAGAUGGCAUGCAUGAAAAACCAGGACCUUUUUUAACAUGUAAACGUGCCCCCCUAAAACAAUGAGUCAGUGCCUCAGUGGUCAGUUCCCUUGAAGAUUUCUUACAAAUCCUUCAAAACGUAGAAUAGAUGAUUCCCAGUUAUAGACUAACUUUUGAUCUGGGCAAGAAAAAAAUCCAUCCCCACACUAGAAAGAGCAUGUUAAAAUUAGUAAAAUUGCAGAGUUUGGCCGCGAGAAAUGUUGUAAAAUGAGGAAAAUAUAUAUAGCCUGCGAAAUUUACAAAUUUUGUAUUAAUUUGUAUUACGCACGGGACAUGCACACCGCAUUUGGCAGUGCACCACUUUCGGCCCAAAUGUGAUGCAUUUUCUCGUGCGUUAUACAAAUUAAUACAAAAUUUGCAAAUUUCGCAUGGCUAUAUUUUCCUCAUUUUACAACAUUUCUCGCGGCCAAACUCUGCAAUUUUACUAAUUUUAACAUGCUCUUUCUAGUGUGGGGAUGGAUUUUGUUUUGUUCUUCUUGCCGAGAUCAAAAUUUAGUCUACAGCUGGAAUCACCAUUUACCGAUGCGAAAUUCCUACUGUGAUCGCCGAAACUUUGAUAUAGUGUCAACCAUGCAGGCUUCACAAUCGUAUCUGAGUAAUAAUUUUAGGUGAUAAAUAUUUUUAUCAAAUUCCCCCUUUUUUCUUUCUUUCUAGGGAAGCAUUUUGGAGGAUUUCUUCGCUAUAGCAUGCUGCCAUCACUGUGCCAUGUGUCAGAUGCAACGAGAAUUAAACAUGCAUGGCAUGUAAAACAACCACAAUUGUGAAAUAUUAACUCGUAUAACCAUUCAACAUAUUUUCUUAGAAAGUUUUCUUAUUAUUAUUUACUGUAAGCACCAUUUGCAUGAGCAAAUUUUGUGUGGCAUUUUUCUACGACAAAUACAUUUACUAGCGUGGAUGAUACCACAAAUAAGUUUUUGGUGUUUAUGCUGAAAGUUGCUUUUAACAGCGAUAACACACACAACAAGGCGAUGGUAAGUCAUAAAUGCCAUAAUUCUGUGACAAUUAAGUUAUCUCCAUACGAACAAACACUCGUAAUUGACAAUUUUUCUUCCCCAUAUGUAAAAACUGGCAGGCCAGUUUUAUUUGCCACAUAAAAAUCAGGCCAGUUUCAUUUGUCAUACAAAAUCAGGGCAAACUUUCUAACGUACACGAGCAAAUAAAAUUAAGUGUCAUAAAAAAGUUGUCACAGAAAAUUUGCUGGUGUGGACGAGGUCUGAUGUCUAUUUGUUGUUCUGUUACGUGUUUUUGGCAAAGUUUAAUAAAUAAAUAAAUAAAUAAAUAAAUAAACUAAGCUAUUUCAACUUUGAAAUGUCAUUUUGGAUGUUGAUAAAAACCGCGAUAAGAGUUUUCUUAAACGAAUCACCCGGUUAACCGGGCCAGCCCGACUAUAAACAGACCUUUAUAGAUAGAGUAAUAACGUUCUGGAUUUCAUGACGGCACAUGAAAGAAUGAUACGACAUUAAAAGGAGGCUGACAAUGAGGCCCGUUUCAGACGGCGUACUUCUCAUGUGCCGAACUUGAUUGAUGAAUUAGGUACGGCGGAAGAGCGACGUAUGAAUCAAUUAAGUACGGCAGAAUUUGGAGCGGCAAAAGUUCGACACAAGUUCGGCAUAGCUUGUCGCAUUAUGCGAGGUUGGAGCGACAUUGAUCCAUACGCCGCUCCACUCAUGUGCCAAACUUAAUUCAACUUUAGUCUAAAAAUAAACUUAUAUAUUUUGAAUUUUAUCGAGGUUUCGCUGGCAAAUGCGCCCCGACUUUGUCAAUAACAUUGUAUUUGGUACGCCGUUUGAAUCACUGCCAUUCUUGUGUCGCAUCUAAUACAAUUAAGUUCGGCACAUGAAGAGUACGGCGUCUGAAACGGGCCUGACUUAGCUAUCUCUUAACUAGAAUAUUAAUGAUUGUGUGUAUGUACAAUGGAAAUGUCUAUUAUUUCUAUGGUAUGUACUUAGGUGAAAUUAUUUUGGAUGAUGUUACUCUGAGUGUGUCCACAGAUAGCAAGAUGAAGGUUGUUUAACCGCAGUGGCGAUCGAAGCCGCGACCUCUGGUUUACUAGAGCAUUGGAUUACCAAACCAAAGAUCACGGGUUUGAUUGCCUGCCGAGAACCCAUCAGAGUAACAUCAUCAUAUUUCUGGCAUGGAGAGAUUUUCAAAACAAUGAGAAGACAAUGGAACAUUGUGAUCACUGAAUCAUGACUGGAUGACAUGAAGAACAGUGGGAUUUUCAAAACAAUGAAAAGACAAUGUAACAUUCUGAUCACUGGAUGGCAUUGAGAACAGUGAGAUUUUCAAAACAAUGAAAAGACAAUGGAACAUUGUGAUCACUGGAUCAUGACUGGAUGGCAUGGAGAACAGUGGGAUUUUCAAAACAAUGAAACAUUCUGAUCACUAGAUUGUGACUGAUGGCAAAAUUAUGCAAACUAAGGCUUAAUUCAUUCGUUGGAAAUGCCAUGAAAAUUAGGCAGUCUUAACGGCUAAAAAUACACGCCUGUGUACACAAAGUUCGAGAGAGUGGCAAGUCUAUAAAAGUGCCAGGUUGGUAUGGAUAUAAUUCUUCUUGACUGUUUACGCAACUAAUAGGAUCGGAGGCUUGGCAUAUUGAUUCUAUAGUUCAGUGGUUGUAGGUAGUUUGUUUACAACGGCCACAGGAUUCCCUGCAGGAUGAAUUCGUAACGGUCCUGAAAUUGGCACGAUCUCAUCGUGUGAACGCAUGAAACCCGACAAAUGUGAGAACAGCUAGCCGUACAAUUCCUGUGCAAACGAAUUGGCAUAUUGUUCCGAAUUCGACCGGCCCUCUUUUGAACGUUGUAAGCGGGCUAUGUCCAGACCAUAGUCAAUAGAAUAAGACGGUUAGCAUAGAAUCUUUAUCCAUAUAGAAGGGCCACUUACGUCGCAAGCUUUGAAGUUUCUGUCAUCGCGCAUGUUGGAAUGACAUUUUCUUUCACAAUGACAUUUUCUGGCCUAUAAACACGCUGUACUGGCUGGCUGCUCCGCCUUCUGGCGAGUAAACUGCAUAUUUUUGCAUAAAAAAACGAGAAUGUGAGAGGACAUGAGAAAGCAGGAAGGUGCAGCUUUUUCAAAAAGGAUUACUUUGACUAUAAAUGAUCGAAAGGGCCCUGUUCAUCUGAAAAUAUUGCUUCACUACUGGGGCACAGAAUAAGGACUGGGGCAAGCAAAGGGCCUACUGGGGGUAAAUGCCCCAGUAGUUAUACGGUUGGAAAAUGCCCUGAAGCUAUCCGGUAUAUAGUGUAAGUCGUGAAGUUUUCAAAUCGCAAUUAAAUCUGCUGCUAAAUAAUAUUCAUCUACUAUCUUCACAGCACGGCCGUAACAUCGUACAACUCAUCCACAACAAUGAAUAACAACCCUACAACCCAUCCAACUUACAAAAAUAACAACCAUGCAUCAAUUACGAUUCCUCGCUACAUCAACCCCGUGUUUGAAAAAUCACACCCAAAUCCUGGCAUGGAGAUGACGUCAUCAUCACGUGACACCAACCAGGAUGUCAACUGUAGUACCACACCCAAGGUUUCAGGAAUGGUGAAGCCACCAUAUAUGCCAGUAACACAAGAACCUCAGUCGACAAUGCACCAUGUUCAAGGGGUGAAUAAUUAUAACGGUGGUCGAGCAGUCAUCGAGGGAUUUAGUGGCACAGAUGAAAUACGAAAUUGGUCCAGUGGUCUGUUCUCGUGUUGUGAUGACUGGUCCUCUUGUGAGUAAACCUUUCUAACUUUUUUUGAUGAUAUUAUUGUUGUGUAUUUAUAAGAAUGAACAACAUGAUCUCCGAUAAUUAUCGGAUACAAUAUCACAGAUAGCAUCACCACAAUCAUUAUUACCACCAACGUCAUAUUAUCACCAUCAUCAUCAUCACCAUUCAUCAUCAUCACUAUUGUUCAUCAUCGUCAUCAUCAUCUUCAUCAUCAUCAACACCAUUCAUCACUGACCACCAUUAUCAUCACUAUUUUUUAGCCGAUAAGUACGAAUCGAAACGAAUCACAAAUUACUUUCCAUGUAGGUUUACUAGGUUUGCUGUGUCCAUGCUGUCUGGCAAUGACUAUAAGCUGUAGUUUGAAUGAAUGUUGCUGCACGGCCAAUUGUUACCCAGUGGCAACCAGAACAAAAAUACGCACCAAGUAUAACAUAGUUGUAAGUAUCUUAAAUUACAUUGCCAAUUUCCUACAACGCAAACUACAAAAGUAAUAGUGUUUGAAGUGGUCAAAGAUGGAUUACUGUACAGUCUGCCACGCCUUCCUCGUCUUGCCCGCCUUUUAGGUGUUCCACGGCGGGCAGACCGUCUGCCACGCAGGCUAAUGGUUAUGCAACUGAGAUGAAUUAUAAUUGGAUAACUGCACAUCGGAGGAAUCAGACCUCAGUCACUUCAAAGAGCAAUGAAGAAAGACACCAUGCACUAAACCAUCAUACUUUCCAGGGCACCAUAUGUGAGGAUGCUUUUAUCAUUUGCUGGUGUUGUCAAUGUGCACUUUGUCAGAUGUCAAGAGAGAUUGAUGCUUCGAGUCCAGAAAAUUACACCGAAUAAAAACCGAGACUGUAAUAUUUAGACUAGUAUUUAUGAUAUAAAUUCAUGAUAUAUAUCCAUCGAAUUAUUGGUAAAUAAAUUGUCAUGAACCUCUUACGUAUCGUUCUGUACAUUUACGUAACCUUGAAUUUUU